ACAUAGGAAUGUUGUGUGGAAGUGGGUGGGGACAGAAGCUUGAUUUUUGGAAAUGAAAGUGUAAGUCAACACGAGUAAUUGUCUGUUUCAAUCAGAGUAGCUACAAAUAUAUCGCCGACAGUAUGGCCGCACUGCGCAAUAAAUCUGACCAAGAAAUCAAGGACCUGCUGGAUGAGUAUGGAAUUAAGCAUGGUCCUGUCGUUGACACUACAAGACCACUGUAUGAGAAGAAGCUGACAGAAGCCAUGGCCAAAGCCAAGGUCACUGUGACAAAACCAUCCCCAGACAGAACCUUCUACAGAGAGGACCAGGAAGAAGUCACCUAUGUCACCUACCAGACACCAGUUAGAAGUGAGGGUCCUUCUGGAGAUGGGAAACCCUACAUGAGAUCAAGACCAGAGUACAGCGAGAGGGACCGGGUGGAUGAUAAACCCUAUUCAAGACCAGAGUACAGCGAGAGGGACCGGGUGGAUGAUAAACCCUAUUCAAGAUCAAGACCAGAGUACAGUGAGAGGGACCGGGUGGAUGAUAAACCCUAUUCAAGAUCAAGACCAGAGUACAGUGAGAGGGACCGGGUGGAUGAUAAACUCUAUUCGAGAUCAAGACCAGAGUACAGCAGUGGAAGACCGUACAUUGAUGAGCCCCAUGUCUACAACACACCGUCGUCAUCAUCCUACUCCAAACCAACGCCCGUUGUGAAGUCUGGAGGUGGCGUUGUGAAGAAGGAAAACACAACGAGUUCUGGGAGACUGAUCCCUCUCUGGGUCCAGUUCCUGGUCUUCCUGAUCCUAGCCGGGUUCCUCUACUUCAUAUUCACUAACAUGGAGUCUGCAGAGAGUAGCCCCUUUAACAGAAUCCAAUGAUCCAAAAAUUUACAAAUAAAUGUCAAUCUGGGGUAUGUUCUUUAGGCACGAAAUGGUCCAAAAUGGGAAAGUACUAUUUGUUCUUGAGCUAUAAGAAUCACUCGUUUUCUGAUGGACAAUGUUUUUUUUAAAUGUUUCAUUACGUGUGUCCUAAUGAAUAUGACCCAGUUAUAUAUAAUGACACUUCCUAUGCCUGUUUUUUUCUUUUAACUCUUUUUGCAUGUUCUUUAAGGUGACUUUGGGUUCUGGGAACUUUACUAUUGGUGAAAGGAAAGCUGUAACAUUUCCUCCUGUCUCAACUCCUAUGUAAUGACUAGAUGGUGAUGUAUAGUGUUCUGUUUAUCAGAACUACCUUGGGGUGCUUCUACUGUGGGGUAACAGUACUAUCUUCAUCUUCACAAAUGUAGAGAGCCCGCGGCCCACAGUAAAUGUAGAGAGCCCCCACAGUAAAUGUAGAGAGCCCGCGGCCCACAGUAAAUGUAGAGAGCCCCCACAGUAAAUGUAGAGAGCCCCGCGGCCCACAGUAAAUGUAGAGAGCCCCCACAGUAAAUGUAGAGAGCCCGCGGCCCACAGUAAAUGUAGAGAGCCCGCGGCCCACAGUAAAUGUAGAGAGCCCGCGGCCCACAGUAAAUGCAGAGAGCCCCGCGGCCCACAGUAAAUGUAGAGAGCCCCCACAGUAAAUGUAGAGAGCCCGCGGCCCACAGUAAAUGUAGAGAGCUCCCACAGUAAAUGUAGAGAGCCCGCGGCCCACAGUAAAUGUAGAGAGCCCGCGGCCCACAGUAAAUGUAGAGAGCCCCCACAGUAAAUGUAGAGAGCCCGCGGCCCACAGUAAAUGUAGAGAGCCCGCGGCCCACAGUAAAUGUAGAGAGCCCGCGGCCCACAGUAAAUGUAGAGAGCCCGCGGCCCACAGUAAAUGCAGAGAGCCCGCGGCCCACAGUAAAUGCAGAGAGCCCGCGGCCCACAGUAAAUGCAGAGAGCCCGCGGCCCACAGUAAAUGCAGAGAGCCCGCGGCCCACAGUAAAUGCAGAGAGCCCGCGGCCCACAGUAAAUGCAGAGAGCCCGCGGCCCACAGUAAAUGCAGAGAGCCCGCGGCCCACAGUAAAUGUAGAGAGCCCGCGGCCCACAGUAAAUGUAGAGAGCCCCGUGGCCCACAGUAAAUGUAGAGAGCCCCCCCCCACAGUAAAUGUAGAGAGCCCCCGGCCCACAGUAAAUGUAGAGAGCCCCGUGGCCCACAGUAAAUGUAGAGAGCCCCGUGGCCCACAGUAAAUGUAGAGAGCCCCGCGGCCCACAGUAAAUGUAGAGAGCCCCCGGCCCACAGUAAAUGCAGAGAGCCCCCGGCCCACAGUAAAUGUAGAGAGCCCCGUGGCCCACAGUAAAUGUAGAGAGCCCCGCGGCCCACAGUAAAUGUAGAGAGCCCCGCGGCCCACAGUAAAUGUAGAGAGCCCCGCGGCCCACAGUAAAUGUAGAGAGCCCCGUGGCCCACAGUAAAUGUAGAGCCCCGUGGCCCACAGUAAAUGUAGAGAGCCCCGUGGCCCACAGUAAAUGUAGAGAGCCCCCGGCCCACAGUAAAUGCAGAGAGCCCCCGGCCCACAGUAAAUGCAGAGAGCCCCGUGGCCCACAGUAAAUGUAGAGAGCCCCGUGGCCCACAGUAAAUGUAGAGAGCCCCGUGGCCCACAGUAAAUGUAGAGAGCCCCGUGGCCCACAGUAAAUGUAGAGAGCCCCGCGGCCCACAGUAAAUGUAGAGAGCCCGCGGCCCACAGUAAAUGCAGAGAGCCAGCGGCCCACAGUAAAUGUAGAGAGCCCGUUACAAAACUCUAAAUGACGUUACAAAACUCUAAAUGACGUUACACAAUUCUAAAUGACGUUACAAAACUCUAAAUGACGUUACACAAUUCUAAAUGACGUUACACAAUUCUAAAUGACGUUACAAAACUCUAAAUGACGUUACACAAUUCUAAAUGACGUUACACAAUUCUAAAUGACGUUACAAAACUCUAAAUGUUACACAAUUCUAAAUGACGUUUUAAAGUUCUAAAUGUUACACAAUUCUAAAUGACGUUUUAAAGUUCUAAAUGUUACACAAUUCUAAAUGACGUUUUAAAGUUCUAAAUGACUUUACAAAAUUCUAAAUUACAUUAAAGUUGUAAACAGAUCCAUAGCCCCCCCCAUUUAAUUGUGGGGGACAAUACAGUUCUAAAUGAAGUAGCGUAGCAUUUUGAACUGUUAAUGAUUUCUAUCCAUACAUUUCUAGAACUGUAAUUGCUGUGGUCGGUGUAUCGUCAUUUUAAAUGUAAUGUGAGUUGUGGUUUUGUUAGAUGAACUCAUGCCACCGGUUCUUUUUAGUUUUCUACACCUGCAGUAUCAUUUUGUAACAAAGUAACUUUUUAAAGUUUUCAGACACUUGUCUGUUUUAUCAGAGGAGAUCACUUUGGUCACACAAUAAUGUUUAUAAGCACAGGCUGUGUCCUAUAUAGGCAAUAGGAUGCCAUUUAGGACAGACUCAGUUUACAAAUGAAAAUACCUUCAGCAGGACAGCAACUGUUCAGAUAUACUAUUUUUUAUCCAGCCAUUGAGUCAUUCAUAGGAUUCUCCAACUUUAAAAAUAAAUGUUUUUAUAUCAA